AUGGCCAAAGAUAGGGGAUUGAGGGCAGGAUUGAAGAAGGGCAAAUCACAGCUGAAAGUUGAUGCACUCCAAAUGAAACCUUUAGAGCUGCAAGGGAGCAUUCAGUGGAAAUACAUGGAGAAGUAUCAGAUAAUUACUGCAAGCUUUUCCUCCUCAACAUUGAGAUGCAUGCUUCUUCACUUGGCUGAUGGGCAACAAGUACUGGGGAUGCUUACUGCAGAGUAUGAAACAAUGACUACUAUGCAGGAAGAAGUGAGACACAUACAAGUCAAUAGUGAUGCUUGUAAUGAGGAGUUUCGGCACACAAUUCUUGGAACUUUGGAGGAAAUGAGGCUCAUGGUGAAGAGCAUCAUGGACAUGAUCACUCAUAGAGCAACCAAUGAUGAUCUGGAUAGUGCAAAAAUUGUCGACACAGGUGAGACACAAUUACAUGUCACUUGUCCAUGGUGCAAUGCAGUCCUUGGCCUUUUGAAUCUUCUCCUUGAGACUACACUCAGAAAGUUGACCUGUCCCACCAUUCCCUCCAAUAUCUGUACCAUCUGUAAAAAAUUUAACUUGGACCCAGUUACUCAAACAUUUGCCACCUGCACAAGAAAGGGUGAAGGUGGAAAAAUGUGGAUGUUGAUGUUAAGUUGGCCUGGUAUAGAGGAAGCCAUGGACUAUGGAACGAUGAUGAACAAGAAGUAUCACAUGUGGGAUAUUAAGGAUGGCACUGCGAUGCAGGAGAUCCUUGGCACUGACAGAAAACCAUUCUUGGAUGGGCUGAAGAGGCAGGAUCUCAGAUUAGCAUGGAGUCUUUCAGUGGACUGGUUUAACCCUCAUGGAAAUAAGACUUCUGGCAAGAAAAAAUCGGUUGGUGAACAUAGGGCAGCUGCAGAAGAAUGGAAAAGUGCAGAGACAAAGUCAGAACAUGACAAAGUAUUUAAACAACACAGAGGACUUGAUUAUCAUCGACAAACAGGCUGGCAGGACGAUCAGGGCGAUCAGGAAGCCAGAUAA